GCGGAGUGUUCCAGGCAUUAAAACCACAGAGCCAGAGAUCCAAGUCAUGGCUGAGUCGAUACGAAAUCUUCCACAGCUUCUUGCUGAUUACUUGGGGCCGACUAAAACAAUCAAAGACCAGAAAAUAACGCAUCUAACGACUUCCGGGGAUAACUAUGGAAGUCUCAUGUUGAAAGUGGACAUAACUGUGCAUAAUAUUGAGACUGAGCAAGAAGAAGUAGUUCAUUUGGUAGCUAAAAAAAUUCCUGCGAACGAGAGAAUUCAGGAAAUGUUCGACAUUCAGGUAACGUUCAAAAAGGAAGUGGCUUUCUAUGAAAAUAUCAUACCAGCAUUACAAGAAUUCAAAAGAGAAAUGGGUAGUACCAGAGUGAUUGACUGUUUCCCGAAAUCAUGUGGUGCUCGGUUCAAUAUCGACAACAGUGACUUGGUUGAUGAAGAUGCAGUAUUGGUUUUGGAGAAUUUAAUGUCUUCAGGUUUUUCAACUACGGACCGCCGAAAGGGUUUCGACCUAGAAGGCAGCAAGACAGUGUUGAGAGACCUGGCUGAAUUCCAUUCAGUAUCUCUAGCUCUGAAACUCAAAAAACCAGAACAAUUCAACCAAAACAUCAAAAAAUAUUGCCAUGAUUUUAAUUUCAGUAAUGGCCCAGAAGAAAUGUUCCGAGAUCGUUUAAGAAAUAUUCUUCUAGAGAACGAAAACUGCGCUGAAGUAGCAGAUCGUAUCCAUUACUUGGGAGAAAUCAAGAGACCUGCAGCUAGAGAACCUUUCGCUACCUUGAUUCACUUCGACCUUUGGGUCAACAACAUCAUGCAAAAACUUGUUGAUGGGACAGUAGUUAACAAAUUCGUUGAUUUCCAGCUCUACACCUACGGCUCCCCUGCUGUUGAUUUAUUUUUCUUCCUGUGGUCUAGCGUCCAACAGAAAGUCAUCGAAAAUCACCUGGAUGACCUCAUGAGGUACUACCACGGAUUAUUCAUACAGAAUUUGAGUGACCUACAGUGUGAUACCGAACCGUUUGGCUACGAUAGUUUAAUGGAAGAAAUGCGACUGGAAACUGAAUUCGAAUUUGCACAUGCCCUGAGUUUUUCGACAUUCAUAGUGGGAGCAGAAAAGUCAACAGGAAAUGAUGAUGAUAACGGAAUACUCAAAUCUAAAGACGAACAAAAGAAGGAAAUAUCUUUGGAGGUCAAGAAGAAAGCUUGGUAUAUGACGGAAGAGUGCAUCCGAACCACGAAGCCAUAUAUUCAUCUUCCAGUCAUGGCAGAGUCGAUACGAAAUCUACAACAGCUCCUUGCUGAUUACUUGGGGCCAACUAAAACAAUCGAAGACCAGAAAAUAACGCAUCUAACGGCUGCCGGAGAUAACUAUGGAAGCGUUAUGUUGAAAGUGGACAUAACUGUGCAUAAUAAUGAGACUGAGCAAGAGGAAGUAGUACAUGUGGUAGCUAAAAAAAUUCCUGCGACCGAAAUGUUUCAGAAAAUAUUCAACAUUCAGGUAACAUUCAAAAAAGAAGUGGCUUUCUAUGAGAGUAUUAUACCAGCCUUACAAAGAUUCCAGAGAGAAAUGGGUAGUGCCAGAGUGAUUGACUGUUUUCCAAAAUUAUGUGGUGCUCGAUUCAAUAUUGACAACGGUGACUUAGUCGAUGAGGAUGCAGUGUUGGUUUUGGAGAAUUUAGUGUCAUCAGGUUUUUCAACUACGGACCGCCACAAGGGUUUCGACCUAGAAGGUAGCAAGUCAGUACUCAAAGACCUGGCUGAAUUCCAUGCAGUAUCUCUAGCUCUGAAACUCAAGAAACCUGAUUCAUUCAAUCAAAACAUCAAGAGAUACUGUCAUGACUACCACUUCGAGCACGAUGCAGAAAAAAUCUUCCGCAUGUGUUUAAGAGAUAUUCUUCUAGAGAAAGACACCUGCGCCGAAGUAGCAGAUCGUAUACAUUACUUGGGAGAAAUCAAGAGACCUGCAGCCAGAGAACCGUUUGCUACCUUGAUUCACUUCGACCUUUGGGUCAACAACACCAUGCAAAAACAUGUUGAUGGAAAGGUAGUUAACAAAUUCGUUGAUUUCCAGCUCUACACUUAUGGCUCUCCUGCUGCUGAUUUAUUUUUCUUCCUGUGGUCUAGCGUCCAACAGAAAGUCAUUGAAAACCACUUGGAUGACCUCAUGAGAUACUACCACCAGUUAUUCACACAGAAUUUGAGUGACCUACAGUGUGAUACAGGACCGUUUGGCUACGAUAAUUUGAUGGAAGAAAUGCGAUUGGAAACUGAAUUCGAGUUUGGACAUGCCCUGAGUUUUUCGACAUUUGUAGUCAGUGCAGAUAAAUCCACAGAUGGUGAUAUACCCAAAUCUAAAGACGAACUAAUUAAAAAUAUAUCCUUGGAAGUUAAGAAGAAAGCUUGGUAUAUGACGGAACAGUGUAAGAAGAGGGGAUGGCUAGGUAUUUUAUGAAAUUUACUCGCCAUUUACUAAGUGCCAGUAUUAAAAAUAUAAAUAUUCAUUAUCUGAUGAGAUUUUAAUUCAAUUUUGACAAAUAAUAAAUCAUUGUUGAAAUAUCUAACAAAAAACAACUACUUUUCUGGCUUAUACCACAUCCAAAUUAUAAUUCAUUCACAAGGUGAUUUGCAGAGGUUUCCAUUGUAUUUGGGAAGAGAUCAACAACAUAUCAGUAGAUUGAUUGAUAUUCAUUAUCUCUUAUCUGUAAGUGAAAAAGCUGGUACAAUUAUUCAAGUACUUAGGUACUCAAUAAUCAUGAAAAUUAGUAGUAUCUAUCAUUUCGUUCAAGAAAAAAACUUGUUCUAGACACUUAGUAAUAUUAAAUGGAGUGAAGUUAUACAGGGUGAGUCAGAAUAAGACCGACAAACUUCGUACACAGAUUCUUCACCUCAUCUUGAGGUGAGAAAUUUCUAUCAACGUAAUUAUGUCCUCACUGAGAUACAGGGUCGAGUGUACGAAAAAAAGUAUGAUUUCUCUAAAUUUCUCCAGACUCCCUGUAGAAAAAAAAAUUAAACUCAGUAUACCAAUCCAGAUUGAUUAUAAUAGUCACUGAAAGUUUCCAUUUUUGAAUUUUGUCAACCAGUGGCGUAGUAAGGGUAAUAUAUCACGCCGGUCCGACGUACAUAAGAUCAGAUACUUUCAGCAUUCCACAUCAUGUUACAUCGAAAUACGAAGGAUGUUUUUCAUAUUUGGCACCAUCUUGUUUGAAUAAGUUCAUUUCAUUAUUGAAUUUAACAGAAUUUCAAGUGAGAUCUCAACUAAAAAAUAUUCUGAUAUCAAGUAUAACAGACUAGAAUAAUUGUUACUUCUAUUAUACCUACUGUUCUCUUAUUCUCUUCUGUUUCCAUGUAUCAAGCAAUCUUAUUAGAUUAUUUAAUAUAGCCUACACUAUUAAAAAAUUUUAUAAACAAUGUAGUUAGGAGAAUGCUCAAUUAUAAAUAUUUUCAUGUUGUGAAAUUGAAUUUUAAGGGGGGGGGAGGUAGAUAGCAAUAGGCUAACCCCUGCCUUUUGUGUGUAACAUUGUUGUGCACAAUAAACGAUAUUAUAUUAUAUGUCGCCACAUUUUCCUUCUAAAUUUUUCUCAGACAUAUAUGAAUUAUCAAAUUAGUGGAUGACAUCAGUUGGGAUAAUCAAUAGUCAACCUAAAAGUUAUGCCAUUCUGCAUGCCUAAAUGUAGAGGUUCCGGAGAUAUUUGCGAAAAACUGAAGACAUGUCUUGAGGUAAUAUUGAGUGGAGGCCUA